GUAUGUAUGUAUGCAUGUAUUAUUUUUAAAUCGCAUAUAUUGCCAAAUCAUCGAACAAUAUUUUCGACUGGUAAUGCCUAGACACACAUCAGCAGUGGACGACUUCUUACAUGCUUCAUUCGGGUCCUCGCUAGAGAGCUUUUUAAUAUGAUAUCGUCCUCAUACAGCCUCACAGAAAUUCAGCGGCGGAUAGAUGAAGUCAAGCGGUUUCUGUCUAUAACUCUGAGCAUCGCCAAUGCUCACACUGUGGCGUUUUACACUCACGACGUGUGGAACCGGUUCAUGGCCGUGCCACCUCAGGAGGUCCUGUCAAUCGUUAGCUCAUGCAGUGACCAGCAGAGGGAGCCAGAACACAAAGCAAAAGAGCAAUCCAGGACCACAUUCGGGUUUUGCAAUGAUACAAACCGGCUGGUUGAUACCCGUGAACUGUUGCAGGCGGCCAAGGCCCACUCUCUGCCUGGCCUUGGAGUCUGUAUGAGCCGGGAUGAGCUACUGCAGGCCCUCAGAGAGAGCAGGGAAGAGAUAGGUGCUCAGCUGGAGCCAGAUGAGUUUAUGAACUCUAAGAAAUCUCAUGAGGUCCAGUCCAUGUCUGAGGUGGUGGCCUGUCUGGCCCAGCGCUGUGGAGUCAAACAGGUGAUAGAUGUAGGCUCGGGAAAAGGCUACCUGAGCUCCUUCCUGUCUCUGCAGUAUGGCCUCCGGGUCUAUGGCAUUGACUCCUCCACCACCAACACCCACGGAGCCCAGGAGAGGAACAGGAAGUUAAAGAAGUUCUCCAGGGUGUACCAGAAGCACAGAAAGGCAGUGAAGGCACAGGGCGAGGCCACACAUUCACCUCAGGAGGAGUUAGUAGAAAUAAAGCUUGGAAUGAAUGGAGACGAUGAUGUUUUAUAUGGUGAUGGGGCAGGAGUUGUGUCACAGGAGGAGGAGAAGUUGUUAAUCGGCUUAUCAGAUGUCAACCCUGCAGUGGAGAGUCAUUCAGAGCCAAACCCAGAAACAGAGGAGCUCUUCCUUAGUGCCCUAUCAGUGGAUGUGAUACAGACUACAUCCCCCAGAGUUCCCUCCAGCCAAUUGAGUGGUGAGGAGAGGGAGCGAAGGAAGAGGGAGAACCUGGAGAGGAAAGCUCAGAACAGAACCGACGUCACCAGCACCGUGUUUUCACCCCUCACAUCUUACGUUACUGCGGAAACGGAGCUCCGAGAGCUCAUUAACGAGCUGGAGGACGCGGUCAUGGUCGGCCUGCACACGUGUGGCGACUUGGCUCCCAGCACCUUGAGGAUGUUUGUGGCUAAACCGGAGCUGGCAGCAGUCUGCAGCGUGGGCUGCUGCUAUCACCUGCUGUCUGAGGAGUUUGACCCUGCCGGACAGGAGUGUUUGCGCGGUGUGUGUGGUUUCCCUCUGAGUCAGUGCCUCCGUGACAGGUCCUGGUUCUGCGGCAGAAACGCCAGGAUGUCUGCUUGUUUGGCACUUGAGAGAGUUUCACUAGGCCAAGGGAUUCAGAUGGAGUCUCUGUUUUACCGGGCGGUCCUUCACGUUAUUCUGAGGGAUCACUACAGCUCCUUUAAAAGUGAAAAGCGAGUUGGGAAUGUCUACUCCAAGGCCAAAUCAUUUGUGGACUACGUUCGCCGAGCUCUACGCAGACUGGAACUGGAUGAAUCAAAGCUUUCUGACAGUGACAUCCAGGAUUACCACGACACAUACAGACCGCGAAUGGGCGAGAUACAUGCCUUUAAUAUGUUGAAGGUGGCCCUGGCUCCAUGUAUUGAAGGUCUGAUUCUCCUCGAUCGCCUCUGCUACCUGAAAGAACAGGAGGAUUUAUCAUUCUCUGCAUUGGUGCAACUCUUUGAUCCCCUGCUGUCACCAAGAUGUUACGCUGUCGUUGGCCUGAAGAGUUAUGAAGACAGAAUUUCAUGCUGAUGAACUUAUACAUAUGCACAUGAUUUUAAUACGCUGGUCAUAAUUAUACAUGAUUAUGUCAGCAAUCAUACUUCAGGAGUGAUUGUAUUAUGUAUGUAUUCUCUCCUGCUUGUUUUAACUAUGUGUAUGGUUUAAUCGAAAAUUUCUAAUUUAUUCAUGCUGUCUUUGUAUCGCUGUCAGUAACAUCUUGUUUUGUUUUCUAUGCUUUACUGUUUUUGAUGAAAAAUAAAUCUUCAAUGUGU